AUGAUAUUUGAAACAGUCGACAAGGUUAAAGAGUUUUACAAGCAAUACGCCAUAAGAUGUGGAUUUGGUGUCCGUGUGAGAAGUUCAAGUAAAGGGGAAGACAACAAAUUAUGCUUUGUCAAAUUGGUUUGUAGCUGUGAAGGAAACUACGUGUCCACCAUCCCUCCGGAAUUGAAAAGCCAACCAACAAAAACCAAGAAUUAUGGUGCACAGAUAACAGUAGUUAAAAAGGGAGGUCAGUGGCACAUAAAGAAUGUCAUACUUGAUCACAAUCAUGACCUAAGCCCUAUGAAGUCAAGAAUGAUUCGUGGCAACAAAAAAUUGAACAUACAAGUCAAGCGAACACUCGAUAUGAAUGAUGAAACAGGUGUGCGCAUUAAUAAAAGCUUCCAAUCACUAGUUUGUGAUGUUGGCAGAUUUGAGAACCUUCCUUUUGUCAAGCGUGACGUUAGAAAUUAUAUCGGACGACAAAGAAGGGCACUAGGGAAGGAAGGAGACGACCAAGCAUUGAUGGCACACUUCUCUCACAUGAGACAAAUGAACAACGACUUCUACUUUGAAAUUAACUUCGAUGAUAACAAUAGAAUAUCAAAUGUAUUUUGGGUUGACGUACGUAGUAGGGCAGCAUGCGAGGAAUUUGGAGAUGUUGUCUCCUUUGACACAACAUAUUUAACCAACAAAUAUGAUAUGCCAUUUGCACCAUUUGUUGGAGUCAAUCACCAUGAUAAGUCACCUGAUGGCAUUCUAACUGAUCAGUGCAGGGCCAUGCAAAAUGCAAUUGACAUUGUUUUUCCAAAUACUCCUCAUGGGUGGUGCUUAUGGCAUUUAAUGAAAAGUAUUCAUGAAAAUUUACAAGGAUAUACUCAUUACAAAACUAUCAAAACCAAGUUGAAGACAUUGGUUUACGAGUCCCUCAAUGUGCACCAAUUUGAGAGCGGGUGGCAACAAUUAAUGAAUGAUCACGACUUGGAUAACAAUGACUGGUUGGGCACACUAUACGAAGAGAGAAAACGGUGGGUGCCUUGCUAUUUGAAAGGAAAUUUUUUGGCUGGUAUGUCUACUACACAACGAAGUGAGGGACUCAAUGCCUUCUUUGAUGGAUUUAUCAAUUCAAUAACAACGUUACAGUAG